UUCUGAACUCCUCAUGAAAUCUCCUUCCCAUCCCUCUAUAACCUGUUUUCCACAGACGUUAAGGAAAACCACAGUGGCCGUACUGUUCUCUGGACUUUUCGAACGCAUGCAUACGUCAAAUACGUCAUAUUUACCCGAUGCGCCUCUGGUAAACAGUGUGACGUAAUAUUUGUGAGACGGGCUGCUGCAUGGAUGAAGGUUGUCAUGCUGCGUGUGGGCGGGUCUCUGUCCUCCACCAUCCUGAAGCUCCGCCCCCUGCAGCUUCCUGUUCAGACUCAUGCUGGGCUCCCCUGGACGCCAGUUGCUCCACCUGCUCAUGUGACAGCUGUCAGAGGCGUGUCUGGGGGUGGGGCUGGGGCCGGCUGGUACGGCGGCCUGGCAGACUCUGCCCCGGUUCACCUGGCAGAACAGUUUCUGGUGGGGGUGCAGCAGGUGAGCGGUCUGCCGUGGUGGGCGAGCAUCGCCGUUGGGACACUUUCAGUCAGGACGCUCGUCACUUUGCCGCUCGCUGCGUAUCAGAUGGUCAUCGUUGCCAAGGUGGAGGCGCUGCAGGUGGAGAUCUCUGAGCUCGCCAAGAGGCUUCAAUACGAAGUUUCAGUCCGAGCAAAAGAACGAGGCUGGACCGACAAACAAUGCCAGUUUCAGUUUAAGAGGAACCUGCGUCGAAUCGUGUCUCAGCUCUACGUCAGAGAUAACUGUCACCCUUUCAAAGCCAGUCUGCUGGUCUGGGUCCAGCUGCCAUUAUGGAUCAGCCUGUCCCUAGCCCUUCGGAACCUGAGUCUGGAUCAGUCUGCGCUGCAGUCGGAGCUGGCAGCAGGGGGCGCUCUGUGGUUUCCAGACCUCACCGCACCGGACUGGACCUGGAUCCUGCCAGUCUGUCUGGGACUCACCAACAUGCUCAUCGUAGAGGUGUCAUCGCUGCACAGACCAACAGGUUCACGUCUUCAGAGGCUUGUGCUGAACUCCUUCAGAGCUCUGUCUGUGCUGAUGAUCCCCAUCGCAGCAUCAGUGCCCUCGUCCAUGGCUCUGUACUGGCUCACCUCCAGUCUGGUUGGAUUCUCUCAUAACCUGCUCCUCCGGUCUCCAGUCGUCCACAGACUCCUUCAGCUCCAGACUCAGCGUUCAGAUUCUCCGUACCGAGACCUGCUGGCAGCGCUCGUCAACAAAUACCUCAAAUAAACACAAAGAAACUGUAAACAAACAA